AUGCUCUGCGCAAUUUCUGGAGAAGCGCCACAGGUGCCUGUUGUGUCUGCGAAAAGCGGCAAUGUGUUUGAAAAAAGACUCAUAGAAGCUUACAUCGCUGAAAACGGGAAGGAUCCUGUCACGGGAGACGACCUCUCCGUGGACGACUUGGUCGACUUGAAAACAUCGCGCAUCGUUCGCCCUCGCCCGCCUACACUCACCUCGAUUCCAUCGCUUCUCGGUGUCUUUCAGGAGGAAUGGGAUGCGUUGGCAUUGGAAACAUACACACUACGUCAGGCCCUCGUUCAGACGCGACAAGAGCUCAGCACGGCCCUGUACCAACAUGAUGCCGCGGUACGAGUGAUUGCGCGAUUAACCAAGGAAAGAGAUGAGGCCCGCGAUACCCUCGCCAAAAUCUCCGUCGGAACCGCGCGUGCUCCUGCAGGUGUCGAUGCUAUGCAAGUUGACACCGCAAAAUUACCAGACUCCGUGGUUGCUAGAAUUGAAGAAACACAAGCUACGCUCUCCAAGUCGAGAAGUAAGCGUCCGAUCCCGGAAAACUGGGCGACGGGCGAAGCAAUCCAGCUGUACAAGCCAACAGUGAGCUCCGAGCCUCUGUAUCCUGGAGGCAAAUCCCUCUCAGUAGAUUCGACUGGAGAGUUAGCUCUGGUUGGCGGUGUUGAUGGCAUUGCCGGCAUCUACUCAACCUCUAAACAACAGAUUGUUCAAACGCUCAAAGUUGACGGCCCGGUUACUGGUGCAGCUUUCGCGGGUACGACAGCUGUCGUGGCUUCUGCAACUGGAUCAGUGAAGUUUUUCAACCAAGGAGCGGAAAGUGCCAGCUUUGAUUCUCACGCUGGAGAAGUUACUGCAGUUACUGUGCAUCCGACUGGUGAUAUCGUUGGUUCAGUCGGCGUGGACAAGAGCUAUGUUUUAUAUGACCUGACGACAUCUUCUGUCGUCGCUCAGAUCUAUGGCAAUGCCAGCCUACUAUCUGCAAAAUUCCAUCCUGAUGGCCAUUUGCUUGCUGUUGGCGGCGCGGACGGACAGAUUCAGGUAUAUGACGUGAAAUCGGGAGCUGUUGCUGCCAGCUUCCCUAUGCAGGCACCUGUCACGAAUCUCGAAUUUUCCGAGAAUGGCUACUUCAUGGCCGCCGUGACCGAAAAUUCCACAGAAAUCUCCGUGUGGGAUUUGCGGAAAUCCAAGAUAUAUAAGGUGCUUCAAACCGGAACCCGAAUCAACUCUCUUGCCUGGGACUACACGGGACAGUUCCUUCUGAGUGGAGGACCCAACGGAAUCACAGUGCAACAAUACACCAAGUCUACGAAGGAUUGGUCAGAGUCCCUCCGAAGCGCUGUACCGGCCGUGGGCGUUGCAUGGGGAACAUCGGCACAGAGUGUCUUAACCACCAAUGCAGAGGGCGUUUUCACUGUGUUGACUCAGUCAUGA